GUUGCAUCCAUGAGAUUAUUCACCGAGUGAGUGAAAAAACUACCACUUGUUCUAUGAUUUUCUUCUAUCGGUGUUGUUCUACUUGGGUGCAUUAAUCAUGUUGCUGCAUUCAGAUACACCCAGCACUAGCUCGGGCCACGAAGUAGAUCUUCAUUCCGCAUGGCACAUGAUGUCCUCGACCACUGCCUCCAGCAGAGCUAGGUCGUCCUCUUCCACCCCUUCAAUUUUUGACUUCGAGGACCACUUCGGCCACCGUGAUGACAGCUCUUCGCUCUACUAUUCCCGAAGCAGCCCGCGAUCAUCUUCCCUGGCAGCGAUUGCGUCUUGCAAGAAUUUUCCUCAUGCCGCUGGAUCUAUUUCCGUCGACGAUCAUUUCCACAGUGGCCGUAGCGGGCGCGGGACACCAAAUGGAACAAAAAACGACGGUCGUGAUACAACAAGACGAACAGCAACAGAUGCUACAGCACGAGAAGGACGAGCGAAGAAAAACACAGCAGAAGGACGAGGAGCGAAGACCGACAAACGAAGUCGAGCAGCCGCAGCCGGAGGUUUCAUUUACCAUGCGAAGGGAGGUGGGGCCGCGAGAAGUGGUCGAACGGGUCGUGAAGGACAGGCAACGAAGUGGACGAGAAGGUUCCGAACUACCACCUAGAGAAAAAACGCCAGCCCCACCAGUUCGUGCAGAAGUUCACGCAGCUAGCAUCUCCUCGGCCUCCGCGGUUGAACAAAUAGGAAGUCAAAGUUCAUCUUCACAGAGAAGGAACAGUCACAACGGCGGUCGUGAAGAUAAAUAUUCGAGGACAUCAACAGGCGCAGGUGUUAAAACAAAUAGAGAGGAGCCGACGUCGUGGUCUCUCAUGGACAGGUCAGAAAAACUACAAAUACAAAAUGAAACAAACGAAACUUCUCCGGCCCCUGCAGCCGCCGCGGCCACUACUGCUGAAGAGGACAAGGAACAAACCAUCAUGACGCAACUCGUUCCCGCUUUAUGCAUUUUUGCAAAAGUAUCGUACUACGUAUAAAUCGCAUAACAAAUCAUGAUUUUAGUUUCUUCAAGAAGAAAAUUGAAAUUUGUAAUGCAGAAUCAGGAAAAAAAGUAGGAUCUGUGAUGCACGACUGCGAUUGGUACGGGGACGAUAAACUUUUGCACAGCAUACGCUUCUUUCUACAACGACAAGCUCUCCCGGGACGAAAAAAUCAUCCGACUGCUCGCGGUCCUCGGGCUUAUCCAGUGCAAAAGUAUCGCACUACUCGUGGUAAUCGCUGUUAUGCAUGACAAAUCUCCUUACUAAGGUAUAACAGCACUACAAAUUUCAUUUGUCAUGCUGGGGUAAUUUGUAUGUAAUGCAAUGAAUUACGACUAGUACUAGUACGAUGCUUUUGCAAUGCAUAGGGGUGGUUUUAGGGGGAUUUGCGCUGGUGAUUUAUUUCUACGGGUUCGCACAAUUGCUCGACUGGUUGGCGUGUUAUCGCAAGAAAAAACUGUUUCAUUGUGAACUUGCGAUGCAUGAAAUGGAACACAGAACUAUUUGUCUUGCUACACCUCCGACGCAUUGGAUUUUUAAGCGUGGUUUCCGUUGGGAAGCGCGCAUGGCAAGUUUUCUGUGUCAUACGUAGCAAACUUGUGAUGCGGAUCUUGCAAAACCAUCUCAGUGAAUGUGAAACAGUUUUUUCCUGUGAUACGUCUGGGUGUUUGUUCAGUAAGAACAAGGACGAGAAAACCCUGUUGGAGCAAAUGGCGCAGGAGAAAGUGAUAUCGAAUAUAAAAGUGUCUGGGUCUGGAAGAGUGCAGAUUUUUGUCAUGCUGUUUUUGCAUGACACAAAAUGUCUGCCAUGGAAGCCCUAGCAUCACAGAUUUCGAGAAGUUUCCGCAUUGCUUAAUCCGCAUGACAAAUCCCCCAUUUUGGUGACAGGAAAUGGGCACCUUUUGCUGCCUAUGCAUGAGAGAUUUGUCUGUGUUGUGAAAUGCGCAUCACAAGUUCGCAUCCUUCCAGACCCAGACAUUUUUGCAAUCCAUAAGUGAAGUACGGCAGCACGGAGCAUUUGCAAGCGGCGGAAAAAAUUGUGAAGAAGCGGAAACAGGCGAAACACGAUACGGUGCGAGCGGUGGAUAGGCGCGGGGAAGUGGAUUUGGGAGGAAUGUAUUGAGGUUGUGUGGUGGUGGUGGUGGUGCUAGUAGUGAGGUGAGUAUGAAAGCGAUCCACACGUUGCUUUUAUUGACAUCUCUACUUACACAACAAGUAACAUGAUACUGAUUGUUGAUAGCUCACUCUCGUCGUACGUACUUACUUCCAGCCACUCCUUCCCUGGGAAGAGGUAGAGUUCAAGUUUACCUUUGAUACCAUCGUACUGAGAAAGAUGAAGGCCGCUCUGGGAAAUGAAAAAUGAAGGAAAGACAAGAGUAUUAUAUUGCACCGAGAACAAGAAGAACAAGAGAAAG